AUGUCGCAAGAAAGCAGCGCUUUAUCUGAAUCUCAGGAACAGCUUGACAACAACUCUAAAAUAGAGAACGGAGAGGCAGCCUCCAAUAGCCCCAGAGACAAUAGUAAACCUGUGCUUCCUUGGGAUCAUGAAAGCAAAGCGGUAGAAAUCAAGAGUUUCAGUGGUUAUAAAGUAGAGUUGACCGGCUGGAUAAGGAGGGAUAUAAGGCAGGAACGUCAAAAGCAACCAGUAUCAGAGUCAGAAUCUAAUGCAUCUGAUAUAAAAGAACCGGAGGACAAAAGCAUGGAACAUAAAGAACCAGAGAAGGAUGAACGUGAAAAGAAAGAGGUCAAGGAGGGAAGGAUAGACGGCUCGGAGUCGUGA